CAUACUUUAAAUACCAAAUCCGGCCCUGUUUCACAAGUGAUAGUUAAGUUAUUCUCUUUUACUUGGGACUCGGAGUUAGUACGAACACAGGCGUCAUUGUGGUAACACGUAACUUAAUACUGGCUUAAGUUGUAGUUAAGUAAUGCUAAGUAAGUGAUGAUGAACCAUUUUUGUUUGAUGGAAAAUGUGAUUCAGUCGACGAGACGUUUUGGCUUUUGAAAACUUUUUUUAAUUGACUUUUUUUUUGUUUUUUAUUUUUGUGUCUGGACUUUUGAAGGAUCGCCGGUUAUUUGGAAUUUUGUGUCGUUCAUUUUAAAAAGAUGGCGCACCAUAUCGUGCACCAACUGGCCUGCUUCAUACUACUGUUGGCAGUUACAUCGUCACACAAGGAACAGACAAGAUGGUCUCGACAAAUCAGCUCCUACACAUCAGAUAUCAGCGACUGGGUACCCCUUAAUGGACCUGUACAGAGAGAACCGCCCCAGUCCAGACCUCCAGCGACUCCAAUCAAGAGACAGGCUGUCGCUGAACCCAGGAUCUUGACAGAGCCGUUCCCAGGAUUUGCCAGACCAAAUGGCUUUACCCAAGAAGCAUUCCCAUCGAGAACUUACUUCAACUCUCCAGCAAAUAGGCAGUUAUAUUUGCAAUCAGUUCCUUCUGCUCCCCAGAACUAUUUAACCGAUCAAGGCUUUGGCCAAGGUAUCAGAUUUGGUCUAUCACAACCAAAUUUUCCACUUAACCAAGGAUUCGUCGCUCCUCAACUCAGUUUCGAAAACAGUCCUCCAGCACGAGCGCCCCCAAAACAACAGUUGCCGCCAAGUCAGGUUCAAUUCCCAAAACCACCACCACCGAUCCAACAAUCAAAACCGUUUAUCAAUCAAGUACCAAAACCAACUGUGGAAACAACAAAAUUUGUUGACGGAUAUCGUUUAGAAAAUCAGUCUAAUAGUAAUUUUGGUUUUAAUUCACAAAAAAAAGCACAAUCACUACAAAAACUUAAAUUAGAAGCGCCAAAAACAGAACAGAUAGCAGCCAAAACAAACCCUGAAAGAGAGGAAGUGCAAUUACUUUACGUACCACUGGAAUCACUAAAUAGAGGACAAUUCAAUUUCAGAAGUCCGGUUUCUUCUCCACAGAUUAUAAACUCUGACUUGUAUUCUUUACCUAAACUGGACCCAUUGCAACAAACUUUCGCAGCUGAUUAUCAAAGACCAGUAGCAAAACCGAUUGAUACCUUUAUGUCCAGCAAAGAUUACAUCACUAACUACGAUCUUUUCAAGAACUUUGACCAAGUACCAAAGUUCUCUACCGUUACUUCUCCAUUCCCUACCUCUCCACCUACAACGCCUAAACCAAAAAAAUUGAAACCGCAUCAACCGCCACUAGCCAUUUUCCAAGAAACAAAAAAGAAUGCUAACAUAAAAGUUGGAGAUGUGUUAGCAUCAUUAAAAAAUGCUAAUACAAUUGCCGUCUUGGAUUCCGUCAAUCCUCUGAAUGCACCUAAAGUAUUCAUUGGACCAUCAUCACUAAUACCACCUGAAAACUUCGUCAAAUUUGAGUUACCAUAUUUAUCUAACAUAGAGAAUUCAGAUAAAAAACUUCGACAAUUGCCAUUUUUCGUCGCACCAUUAAGUUACAAUACCCCAAAUGGUUUUGCAAAGAUCCCAUUCCCAUCUCCACACGUGGGAUCUGUGGUAAUAAAUUCUCUUAUCAAAGAUACGCCAUCAACUAUAUAUCCAACAAGUAAAUUCCAGACAACGCCUCAACACCAUACUACACCAACAGUGCUUUCAACUCCUACAGCUAAAAUAAUUCCAAAUUCAUACACAGUAGCCCCGCCCCAUAAACACGAACGUAAACCCGAUAUAUCUCUCAACCAAAAUUACAAUUACUAUAGUACAGGAGCGCCUAAAACUAAUGCUCCAUCUAAGCCUGCAACCCAAUCUACGUACUACUCCCUUGAACCUCAGACAAUCACAGCUCUACCACCUUCGAGAGAAGCCACGUCUAAUAUUGGUAAAAAACAAAAUACUGGUUAUUUCUUGUCAAAUGUUGGGGACCAAUACAAUUCUCCGCAAUUUGUCAAAUUCCCAUCUCAAAACGAUGACAAGAAACAAGACCGCACAAGAUAUUAUACUCCUGUACCAAAAUCAGAAACAACAACGUUAAAAACAACGACAACAGCCGCAACAACGAAACUUUCGACUCAUUCAAGUCAAUUACUAGAAACUCAUAACCCUUAUUCUAUUAACCAAGCUUUCCACUUUAGUACCCCAUUGGAUUAUCACAGUUACUUCGAUGAAUUCAAGGAAUCCUAUGCUCCUCCGCCCGGGGUAAAUCUUGAAUUACCAAAGUCUUCAGAAGAUCCAAUCAGCUCAACUCCACGACAAAUCAUAACGACUAAAUCUGAAGAAAUUGUAACACAAAAAUCGACACAACAAACAUCACCAAAUUACAUACAAAAUUAUACUCCAGAAAUUCACUACGAAUCUGAAAUACAAAAUAUAAGAUAUCCAGUGUACAGUUCUGAUUUUACCACAAAAACUGGAUCAACAUCUGAGCCUCAUCGAACUACCAAUUCUGCUAACAUAGAUAUUACUCAACAAAUAAAUCAAAACUCUCAGUCUCAUUAUUCUGAAAAUGGCAAUAUUCAAGGUUAUGAAAACAUAACAGAAACUAUCGUAAACAAGGUAACAGGACCCGCGGCAGACAUAGAUAAUCACGGAUAUGAAAACAGCAAAUAUGAAAAUGGAUAUGAAUCUGAGGAAAUCGCACGUCCUAACCCUACUACUUCGUCGACAAGUACUACAACCACUACCACGACAAGUACUAGAAGAAGCCCAAUUAGAACAAGAGGCCGACCAAGAUAUACAACUACCCCAAGAACCGAAUCAAGCGAAUCAAUUACUAAAUCUACUGUCACUCGUAGACCUCUAAGAGAAAGAAGACCCUUGCCGCCUAGAUCUAGGUAUGAGCCUAAUAAAAUUUCAAAUGAUAAGACUACUCGAAAGCCUACGGAUUCUAAUGAAAGUACCACAAAGUCUUCUCGAACAAGAUCACGAGGACGUAUUCAAUAUAAACCCUCUGGGAACGAUGAAAUAUAUGAGAAGAAGAACAAGUUACAAAACAGUAAAGAAACUGAUCUUGCUUACCAAAGAGAUAUUCUUCACCAGAAUUAUCCAGUUACAUUAAUGGAGAGAACAAGUACAGUAGAUAUAGAAGCUAUUACUGAACCGUCCCCAAAAACUUACUAUACGAAAACACUUGAAAGUGGACCAGAUAUAUAUGAUACAGAAAAUGCAUAUGCUCAUCAAUCACCUGCUGUAAGUCAAUUAGAUGAAAUCAGUUACAAAGACGAUGUACCCAAUUAUACUUCACGAUCAGAAUCUUCUCUAGAGUACCAGCAGUCUCGAAACAGCCUGGCACCAGUUCAACAAAUAGCAUCACAUGAAGAUUCUUUUGAAAAACAACAAGAAAUAUCAAGCCAUAUCAUACCUGAUCAAAAAGUUGAAAAACCAGAACUUAUCGCUUAUCCCACAGAAUCAAGUUUCAGUGUCAGUACUGGACAACCUGAGUAUUCAGUAAAUCAUGACGAAUCCUCGGCUAAGCAAGAAGAUACAACCACAAGUCAAGACAUCGAAAUUACCAAGCUUGGCAGUCAAGAAACUACUACUGAAAAUGAGCCUGAAGAAAAUAUUGUUCAAACAACGCCAUCAUAUAAUAGAGUGCGAAUACGUCCAGGAGUAAUUAAGCAAUAUCAUCAAGCGUCAUCUACUGAAAGUACUAGAUCAAAAUCUGAAAGAAGGAAACCAGUCCACGCUAUCACUUACAGACCAGCUUUUGAUAGACGCAGAACUACAAUGCGGAUAGAAGAAAUAGAAGCCGAUUUAAAAACAAAACAAGUACAUGCUCGUCCUGAGGUUCAAGAUCAUAGGCACCCAGUAUACAAACCAGAUACUUCUACGGAAACUUCGGCAAGUUCUUCAACACAAGAGUCUUUUAUAAAACGUGGUCAAUUCCGUCGUCGCCGUCCAUCCUAUUCGACUACAUCUACUGAAGCUACCAGUACAAAAAAGAUUUAUGAAGUCAAAAAUAGGUUUAGAGGACGUCGACCAACAGAAAAACCUACAGAAAAGCCAGACUCUCAAACAGAAUCAUCCCCAGCAACUGUUAGAAAUACAUACAGCAGUAGAUACAGCCAUAGACCCAGAUUAUCAGAAAGAUACAAUAAAAAACCUGAAAAUGAACCUGAGGAAACAGAAGAUCAGGACUCAAACUAUUCCAUUACCAGGCCAAAAUAUGUUGCACCAGAAACUGAACAAUGGUCACCAAAAAUUUCAUCUGAAUCUUUUAAGCCAUACAAUCCCAAUGAUAUUUUAGACGAAGGAAAAUUAGCAACUACUGAACGCAGAUCUGACAAAUUACAAGAUAAUAUUGAAUUAGAUAUUAUAACAGCAAGGAACGAUUAUGAUGAUAUCCUCAUAUCUGUGACACCUGCUACAAAUAACAGACUCAAUAAGAAGAUACCUGAUAUCCCACCUACACUUGAAGCCCUUGUCGAACAAAGUAAAACAACAAAAAGUGAAUCUGGCGAUAAUAUGUCAACUUUUGAAACUAUGUUAGAAGAAGUAAUGAAAAGUUUAGAGGAACAAGAUGAGGAUGAAUAUACAUCCAAAGUAACCAAACACAAAGGUGGUGAAAUUGGCGAAAUACCACCUGAAAGAAUUAUUGAUUCUGGAGAAGAUAUUGCAACUAAACAAGUUACUGCAGUAGAAGGGGAAAUUGCAACAGCGAAGCCCACAAACGAUGAGAAUAUAUCUGCUGGCGUCAAACAGGACCAAGUUAAGAGUAAAAAUCGUCGUCGGGGCUUCUGGAAGAAAGUUAAAGUUCGACCCAGCACAGAAUCCAUAGAAGUGGCUGAAUCUCAGUACUACAGCAAUACUGUUAAUCGACUGGGACAGUCAGUAAAACUUUCUAAUGCCGUACACGAGAAACCUAAUAUGUAUGAGAAGCCUAAAUAUUCUGUCACUACUUACAAACCGAGCUUCCAAUUUAUAAAAGAUAUAUUUUCAAGCAACGAGGAAAAUCUUUCUGAAGCCGACGCACUUUCAUAUGUAGACAUACCAAAAGUUAACAAAGAGGUACCAGAACUUGAUGAAGAGAUUGCAGAUGAAUCUAAAAUUACUGAGAUUUACACAACGAAGAAAACCACAACUGUGAAACCAACCAGUGUGGGAGAUGAAGAUUUAGGCACUGGUACCCCAGAUCCUACUAUUAUGGACAACAUGUAUAUCAGCACACCUACAGAACCAACAGUCAGUGAAAGUGUAUUAGGUAUACUUGACAAGUCCGAAGACUUCAGUUUCAUGGAUUAUCUUUUCGGUACGACGUCGAGCGACACAAAUAAAAAAAUAAGAAAUGAAACUGCGAAAGAUGUGACAAAUGUAACUAAACCAAAGGAAAAUGUUGAGAUAACAACAGAACAAACAAAAGCUAAAAUAUCCACUACAGAAACCUCAUAUAUUCCUGAUGAAAUUACAACUGAAAUGUUAGAAGAAGAUAAUGUAGAUCACACUUUUGAAGAUAUCAAAAAGAUUUCAAAUGAUAAGGAUACAAAAGAUGUUGAAACCACAACACAACAAGUAAAAACAGAAACAUCUACUGUUUCAAGUUUUAUGAAUCCAGCAAACAUUUUAAGCACAUCAAUGUCUACAGAGAUAUCACACGAAACGGAAAUAUGCUUUAGAGGCAAAUGCAUUAAAACUAGUAAAGAUAUUUUAUAAAAUAUUAAACAGUUAUUAAUCAAUGGUGCUAAAGACUUGUUCAAAUUUUGUGACGAAAAACAAUAGUGAUUGUGUGAGACUUGUGUAGACCUCAAAUGUUUUUGUAUUGAAUCUAUUAAUAGUUGAGUCAUUGUUUUAUUAUAAUCAUCGAAAUAUUUAUUAAUAUUUCUAAAUGUAUGACGUUUUGUGGUGAAAUCUUGUAAAUAGAAGAAUCUCUUUACUUGGUUCCACCUUUUAAUUUUUAUUGUUAGUACGUAGUUCUAAUUUUGUAUUAACUUUUAGACUUGUGGCCACAUCUAAAAGUUUCACGAUGUAUAAUAUAAUUAAUAUAUUACAUGAUAUGUUUGUAAUGUACCUCUAAGCCUUUUUAUUUUUGUAUAAAUAGUUACUUCGACUGAAAAUAAUAUAACAGUUACAUUAGAAUUAGUUCUCUGCUUAACUUUUACGUUAUUUAUUUAUUUCUUUCAAUAUUUAUAAACUAAUGGGCAUUUGCAAAGUACCAUUUGUAAAGAACGAUGUGAAACCCCACCCGAAACCUUCAUUUAAAGCUAUUAUUCUCUAUUUUGUUAUUGAAA